CCAGGCGAAGAGCCGGAGAGCAACAGAUCCCAGAAACAUCAGUGUGUGUGUGCGUGAGAGUGUGAGACACAUAUAAUAACUUUAUUAUCUGAACUAACCACAGUAUUAAGCUGUUGGACGCUUUUGUUCAAACAUGUCGUCGUUCAGGAAAGCGCUGAAAUCCCGACAGAAAAACCAUCAUGAAAGAUCCCAGCCUGGAUUCAGGAAACAUUUGGGACUGCUGGAGAAGAAGAAGGACUACAAACUGCGUGCAGAUGACUAUCACAAGAAACAGAACACCCUCGCCGCCCUGCGGAAGAAAGCCCUGGAGAAGAACCCAGAUGAGUUUUACUUCAACAUGAUCAACUCGAAGCUGCAGGAUGGAGUUCACGUUUCGAAAAAACCAGAGGAGGAGGAGAUGACAGAGGAGCAGAAGAAAGUGAUGAGGACGCAGGACAUCAAAUAUGUGGAGAUGAAAAGGGUUGCAGAGGCUAAGAAAAUCGAGAGAAUGAAAGGAGAGCUCCACCUUCUGGACGCAGAAAGCAAACAGAAAAACAAGCACACGUUUUUCGUGGAUUCAAAGAAGGAAGUAAAUUCAUUCGAUCUGGCGAACCACCUGAACACAGCUCCUGAGCUGGUGGACCGAGUUUACAACAGACCCACUCUGAAAACCCUGGAGACCAAGAGCAUCCAGGGAGCGACAGAGCCACACAGAGUGAAGAAACUGGCCAGACAGAGGAAGCACCAGUACACGAUCCUUUCUCAGAGGAUUGACCGAGAAAAGAAAAUGUUUGUCAUCACCCAGAAGAUCCAGACACGCAAGGAUCUGCAGGAUAAGAGGAAGAAAGUGAAGGUCAAAAAGGAGACGAUCAACUCUGCAGCUAUUUAUAAGUUUGAGGCCAAGAGGAAACGCUGAGAGUGGAAUGGAUGGAACAUGGAUAAGUCAUUUUACAACGAUCAACAGCUUAAUGCCAUACAAGCGCUUCAGUGGACCUUGAGAUCGUACAAUAGAUCACAGGCAUGGGAUAUUUCUCUUUGCUGCACCUGGGUAAUUCUGUGCUUAUUUAUCUAUGACUUGUAGUUUAUUUCUAAUAAAAAUCUGAAUAACA